AGCCGGGAAGCCGCGGCAGGAGCUUGUCUGCCAGCGCGGAGAGGCAGGCGCGCGGGCGGAGACGGCGGCGAUGUUGCUCCUGCUCUUCUCCCGGUGCGGGGACUGAGCGGCGGCCCGCGCCGUCUUGCCUGCCGGCCUUGGAGGACGCCAUGGAGAGCCAGCUGGCGCGCUGCAAGAUCGUGGUGGUGGGCGACAGCCAGUGCGGCAAGACGGCGCUGCUGCACGUCUUCGCCAAGGACACCUACCCCGAGAACUACGUCCCCACUGUGUUCGAGAACUACACAGCCAGUUUUGAGAUCGAAAAGCAGCGCAUCGAACUCAACAUGUGGGACACAUCAGGCUCAACGUACUAUGACAAUGUACGCCCCCUGGCCUAUCCUGACUCGGAUGCUGUUCUCAUCUGCUUUGACAUUAGCCGCCCAGAGACCUUGGACAGCGUCCUUAAAAAGUGGCAGGGGGAGACGCAGGAGUUCUGCCCCAGCGCCAAGGUGGUUCUGGUGGGCUGCAAACUGGACAUGCGCACCGACCUGAACACUUUACGGGAACUCUCCAAACAGCGCCUUAUCCCCGUCACACAUGAGCAGGGAAGCAUUUUGGCCAGGCAGUUGGGUGCUGUGGCGUAUGUGGAAUGCUCUUCCAAGGUUUCGGAGAACAGCGUACGGGACGUUUUCCACGUGACCACCCUGGCGUCCGUCAACCGCGUCCACAAGCACCUCAAGCGCAGCAACUCGAAGCGAGGGUUGAAGCGGGUGGCGCAGUUGCCUGCUCAGACGGACUUGUUGACUGACCCCGAGAUCCGCAAAGACCGGGCCAAGAGCUGCUCGGUGAUGUGAGAGGAGGAGGAGGAGAAGGAGGACCCCCCCCCAAGGGGCUGAAGCGGAGCACUGCCUGUCUUGUUCAUAUCUCUUUGUAUAGUAUUUGGUCAGGGGGAGGGUCUCUGCGCCAUUCCCCGGGAUGUAGGCCUGAGGGAAAACAGGCAGCCUUCCCCCGGAAAAAAAAUGUUUCUGCCUGAAGCCGCAAAAUGCUAUGCAUACAGUGACAACGUCUGGAUGUGGGGCUAGUAUUGCACAGGACACAGAAAAUGCUCAGGUAGCGGGUGACCUCCGAGGAAAAGGAGCGCCAAACUGCGUGAGGCACAGAUAUCGGGGGCAGCGGGGGUGGGGGGGAUGGGCAGAAAUCUUCUUAUUCUCUUCAGAGCAAUUAUUUUGGAGCUAGCGUACGAUGUGUAGGUUGCCCAGCCACUGGCCUCUUUGUACAGCCAUGGCGUGGGGCAGUCAAGCCAUGCCUUUAGCAUGUGUACAUGUGUGUGUGUGUGUGCGUGUUUGUAAAUUGUAUGCGCAAGACGAAGUGCGGGGCUAGCGCUCCUGCGCAGGUCCGGUCAUGGAAUAAAGAGCUGCGGAUGGGCUGGCAGAAAAGGGUGGUCAUUUGAGAAGACAAAAUGGCGGCGGGCGUGGGUAGGGUGCGCGUCGGUUUGGCAAAGGCGGGAGGAAGAUGGUAGCGGAGACUGGGGUGGGAUGAAACGCUUUGUAGGGGAAUGGUGAACAGAAGUGCAUUUAAGGCCUUGGACCAUGGGGUAGCUUCACUAAUGAACAGGUGAGGCACGGCCAGGUAGGUGGCUGGCAGGAGGGUUGGAGAGGUCAGGAGUCAUCUUUCCUCACAGCAUCCUCUCAGCCACACCCUCUAGUGCCUUCAAUCGCAGGACAUCCGUGCCUCUCUCAUUCGCUUUGUAUGAUUCAAGAGAUGGGAGAGGGAGAAAUGAACCUCUCGGAACCACUCCAGCAUCACGGGAGAAGGCCAGUUCCCCCCCCCCUGUUGCUGUGCCUUCAUCCCUCUCUUGUUGCUUGAAAUGCUUUGGACCACUGCAUUGAGGUUGAUGCCAAAGCAGAGGUUGGGUGGGAGUCUUUCCGUCAUAUCAUUUCCCUGGGGGGGAAAGGAGGGGAGGAGAAGGAAGGGUGGGUUCACUUCUGUACCACGGGUAGUAAAUUAGCCAUGGCAUUGUUUUGGCAAUUUAUUGCUGCCGUUGGCUUUCAGUUCUGCGGCGCUGCAUGGUUUUGGUUUGCGCCAAAGAGAAGCCAUUAUUUCUUUUUUUUCUCAAAACACAUUUGCCUCUGAAGUCUCUCCUUCCCACUUUGUAACUGGGCGACGCUGCUUUGGGGGCAGUGGAAACCCAGGCACGUUCAUCGGGAGGUAUGGAAAUGCCGCCAUGCAAAUUCCCUCUUGAGACGGUUUGGAGAAACGGACUUGAUAGACAGGAGCACAGCGUACGUGUGUGUCAAGAGGCCAGGAAGCAAUGUUGCAUUAGCAUUCAUUAAGGGCCCUGGCAGAGAGUGAGGUCGAGCCACGGAUUGUUGCCAACGGACAAAUCUGCAAUGAUUGGAAGAGGAGGAGGAGAGGGAGAAAUCUGCUGACUUUUGGCCCUGGACCAGAGAAGUGAACAGAAGUGGCUGUGUGUGUCAAGCAACCUCUUCUUGCAACUCGAAAUAAUAACUCCAGGGGACUUGUUCCAUGCUCCCUAAUAUAUCUGGGAAGCCAGCUUUGGGGUCGGGUACCAUUUUAGGUUCUUGAUGGGUGUAAAGCUCGUUCUUCCUAAAACACAAACUGAUUUAAUUUUCGCCGUCACCAUUAACUUUUCCCACCCUCUGGUGCCACCGAAGGACUUUUCUCUGGAGUGAAUGCAUGCAAAGCUCUAAGGGGAGGUGGUGACUCUGGGGUCCAAGUGUGAUUUGGUUGUGUGGGAAACGACCUCUGCAUAUGCUCAGGUGUUCUAGGACUAAGGAAAAAUAAAACAAAACCUGGAGCAGUAAUGUGCUUCUGACUUAAGGGAUUUUGGUGACGGAGCCCCCCGAGUUGUAGACUGAUCUCAUACCCUCCAACAUUUCUCCGAUGAAAUUAGGGGAAACACUGAAGGUUUUUUUUUUAAAAAAAAACCCUAUACAGGGCUGCCUUCAGAUGUCUUCUAAAGUUCGCCUUUACUUACUUAUCCCCUUGGCUUUGGGGUCACAUAACUCCAUACCCUCCAACAUUUCUCCAGUGAAAACGAGGAUGUUCUAAAGAAAAGUGGGACAUUCUGGGAUCAAAUCAGAAAGCGGGAUGGCUUGUGUAAAUCCCUGGAAAAUGGGGGCACUUGGAGGGUCUGUGAUUUACCAUGGCAGCACCCAUUGAGAUCAGGGGGUGUCUAACCUAUGACCCUCCAGAUCAGGCAUUCCCAAACUUCGGCCCUCCAGAUGUUUUGGACUACAAUUCCCAUCAUCCCUGACCACCGGUCCUGUUAACUAGGGAUCAGGGGAGUUGUAGGCCAAAACAUCUGGAGGGCCGCAGUUUGGGGAUGCCUGCUCCAGAUGUUAUCGAGCACCUGGAAGAAUGCAGGCCACAAGCUCGCCAACCCUGCUUCUUGGUCUUUGUUUGAGCUAGGCCUUGAGUGUAUCUCUGCUUGUGACGAAGGAGGGGGGUCUCCAUUUUCUACCUCACCUCUGAGCAGCCAAUGCCUUGUCCACACACACACACCAUGACUUCAGGACUCUAGAGAUUGCAGCGGCUGUUUUCUACGCUUGGUAGCCAACGCUUCUCGGUUGCUUCUCCCUUUCGAGUUAGCGGGCUGAGUGCCGCAGUUGCUCUGGCACCAGGGGAUCUAUUCACAGGCAGGAUUAGCCAAGGCUGCCUGUUCAUCCUCUCUGCCAAAAUGAAAUGAAAAGGGCACAAUUGUUAACUGCGCUGGGUUUGAGGACAGCGGCUCCAUUGUCCUGGCUGGGCAGCAGCUGGUGUUCCAGCAUAUCCCUUCCAGCCUGUGCUUGGUCUGGGAUUUCAACAUGGGGUUAUCUCAGGCCACGGUUGUCCAUGAGGCCACCAUGGAGAGGCCCAAACCCCACACAUCUAGGCCUUCAUUGGUAAAAAUUGCAUGCGUGUGUGUGCGCAAGAGAGGGGAGGGUACCCGGAUGGAGGGUAUGGAACCUUUAAUCCGCAUAUAUUUUGCUAGAAUGGAGAAUCUACUGAGGGAAGGAAACCUCGACGAUCACCGAAAGAUUUUGAAUUUGAUAGAAAAAUAAUAAUAAAUUUCCGGGCUGAGGUGUUUAAUUCCGUUUCUCUUCCUCCUCCCCGCUCACUCCUGCAUCCCCAAAUGUAAAAUGUUUGGGCUAAUUUGGCAGUUAGCAAGUUUUGUGUGUGUGUGCGGUCGGUUGCUUAGCCUGACCUGCCCGCUAAGCCAAAUAAUUCCUUGGAGCUUAGGUAUUUUACCGUCUGCGUAUGAUGAUUAUUAGGCUUCUAAUACAUAAAUUGCCUCCCCUGAUGAGAUGUAAACCUUAUUAAGAGAACAAUUCUUCCUCACAGUUGUGUUUUUCCUCCUCUCCCUCCUCAAUAGCUCCUUGCGCUGCUCCAUAUUCGGUCCGCACUGGGAAACAUGGAUGCUGAAGGAGACGUUUGCCAAAUACUCGGGGUUGUUGUUGGUUUUUUUGUCACUAGAUUACUGGAUGCAAUUCCUUUGUCCGAUGUGGUCAGCUGUGUUUUGUAAUGCAAAGCCUUGGCACAAGGGCCCUUUAAGAAGCUGGAGUGCCUCUGAGCAUGGGAAAAUGUACCUAGGAUUGUGUGCUAGGGGUUCUGGGAGGUGCCUGUCCUGAAUAAAAUAAUAAUGGCUG